AGGACCACGCGCGGGGCGGGGCGGGCACCGACGCGCCUGGAGCGGGGCGGGCUCCGAGCCGCUGCUGUCGUCGAGAGCCCGCGGUCGGGGCUGGGGGACUGCUCGGCGACGACACGGCGCCACCGGCCGCCUCGCCAGCUGCCUUCGAGCCCGCUCCACAGACAGGUACCCAAAGCGAAUCGGAGAGUGAAAGAAGCGGGCGAGGGAGUCAGGUAAUAUCGUAAGGGAGUCCCUAGCAAAGUUGUCGAGGUCGUAGCGCGCCGGCGCCUGGCUUCGUGCUCAGCACCAUGGACAGCGCCCGCGGACCGACUCGGGGACGCUUGGACGCCGCUGGCUUCUGGCACGUCUGGCAGCGCUUUGAUGCGGAUGAAAAAGGUUACAUAGAAGAGAAGGAACUUGAUGCCUUCUUUUACCACAUGUUGAUGAAAUUGGGUACUGAUGAUGCAGUCAUGAAAGAAAAUGUGCACAAGAUGAAACAGCAAUUUAUGACUACCCAAGAUGUCUCUGAAGAUGGUCGCAUACAGAUGAAGGAGCUUGCUGGUAUGUUUUUGUCUGCGGAUGAAAACUUUCUUCUGCUCUUUCGCCGGGAAACCCCCUUGGACAGCAGCGUGGAGUUUAUGCGGAUUUGGCGCAAAUAUGAUGCUGACAGCAGUGGCUUUAUAUCAGCUGCUGAGCUUCGUAACUUCCUCCGAGACCUUUUCCUCCACCACAAAAAGGCCAUUUCUGAGGCUAAACUGGAAGAAUACACUGGUACCAUGAUGAAGAUCUUUGACAAAAAUAAAGAUGGUCGGUUGGAUCUUAAUGACUUGGCAAGGAUUCUGGCUCUUCAGGAAAACUUCCUUCUCCAAUUUAAAAUGGAUGCUUGUUCAACUGAAGAAAGGAAGAGAGACUUUGAGAAAAUCUUUGCCCACUAUGAUGUUAGUAAAACUGGAGCCCUAGAAGGCCCAGAAGUGGACGGGUUUGUCAAAGACAUGAUGGAGCUUGUCCAGCCCAGCAUCAGCGGGGUGGACCUUGAUAAGUUCCGGGAAAUUCUCUUACGUCACUGCGAUGUGAACAAGGAUGGAAAAAUCCAGAAGUCUGAGCUGGCUUUGUGUCUUGGGCUGAAAAUCAACCCAUAAUCUCCAGAUUGCUUUGCCUUUUGCUCUUCUGUUUCUGUGCUCUUGCUGUUAGAAAUGUAUCUAUGCUUUGCUUUGGGGACACAGCGGGCAUGCUUUCUCACAAAAGUGUGGGAUUCUUGGGCAAGGGGAGGGACCCCUGGGCCUUCCUUCCAGUGGCCUGUCCAUUCCUGUCUCACCGAAAGCCCCCCAUGCAGGGUCUGUACUGUUUUCCUCUUGGCCUUGGCCUUUCCUGUCCCUCCAAAGACUCAGCUAACCUGUUAGAUCUGCUCUGCAUGUCCUUCCCCAGUCACCAAGGAGGCAGGGACAGCUGAGUCCGUCCAUCUUGCGCUCUUCUUGUGGGCUUUGUGCUGACUCCGAAUGGUGCGUGGCAUUGUUCGCAGUUCUGUAACUUCUGCACAUAGAUUUUUAUGUGAAAAUAAAUCUGCAGUCGGAAACAA